AUGGGCCGUGGCAAGGUGGAGCUGAAGCGGAUCGAGAACAAGAUCAGCCGGCAGGUGACGUUCGCCAAGCGCCGGAACGGGCUGCUGAAGAAGGCGUACGAGCUGUCGGUGCUCUGCGACGCCGAGGUCGCCCUCAUCAUCUUCUCCACUCGCGGCCGCCUAUUCGAGUUCUCCACUUCCUCAUGUAUGUACAAGACACUAGAGCGGUACCGCAACUGCAACUCCAACUCCGAAGCAACUGCAACUCCGGAGACUGAAUUGAGCAAUUACCAAGAGUAUUUGAAGCUGAAGACAAGAGUUGAGUUCCUACAGACAACUCAGAGAAAUCUUCUUGGUGAAGACUUGGGCCCACUUAGCAUGAAGGAGCUUGAGCAACUUGAGAACCAAAUUGAGAUCUCUCUCAAACAUAUCAGGUCGACAAAGAGCCAACAAUCACUGGAUCAGCUCUUUGAGCUCAAGCGAAAGGAACAACAGCUGCAAGAUGUUAAUAAAGACUUAAGAAAGAAGAUACAAGAAACCAGUGCAGAAAAUGUGCUGCAUAUGUCUUGCCAGGAUGUGGGGCCUAGUGGGUCUACUGGCCAUACUAAUCAAGCUAACCAGCAGGAACUUUUUCAUCCGUCAGUUUGUGACCCUUCCCUGCAUAUAGGGUAUCAAGCUUAUAUGGAUCACUUGAACAAUGACUGA